AUGUCCCGUAAGCCAUACGCCAUGCCCGGAAAUAACGACGAUAGAAUGCCAAAACGCCGGAAGCGAGUUAUAACUCCGGCGCGGAAAGAACAGAACCGGGUUGCCCAACGGCUUUAUCGCCAAAGGCAAAAGGAACGUCUGCAGCGAGAAAAGAAUAUCGCUGGAGCGUCUUGCACGUCCAGAGCCAUACAGCCCGCCCCAGCUGUAAACCAGGUGCCGGUGCAAACUGUAGAUUCCAUCAACUGUUGUACGGCCGAUGGUCCAGCGGUGCAUCCAGACACUUCACCGAGGCAAUGUUUGGCACCGAUGAAGUUAACUCUUGAUCAUUUGUUUCCUUCGGAGAAUACUCCUAAUACCCAACAUGGCGAUGUACAUGCCCAGCACAUCCAGGAGCAUACAUCUAAUGAGAACAUAUCGGGCUCAAGUUCAACGGACAUAAUACUACCUAAUCCUUACCACAACACUCUCGAACUAACACAUACAAUGCUUCUCCGCGCAUGCCUUCACAAUGCCCAAAGCUUGGGAAUCAGCAUCAAGCAAUUCUUCAGCUAUGAGUGCAUGUCUCUUUGUUCACCAUUCUACCGACCCAACAUCACCAUGUCGGAUGACCCUCACGCCCUCAUCAAGAACGUUUCCAGUCCAGCUACCCCUGCGCAUCUCCAACCGACACUACCUCAGAUCCUCUUUCCUCACCAUCCGCUAUUAGACCUGCUGCCGUUACCUUCUUUAAGAGCCAGAGCGGUCAUGUUAGCUGCUACAGCACCCACAUUGAUAGAUGCCGGAGACCUCAAGAGGGAUAUCGUCGAAAGGGCGGGUAUUAUUUGUCAGGGUGAACAGCCCUGGGAGAUGCGCAGUUGGGUGGCUGCACCGUGGUUCUUAAAGAAGUGGAAGUUGCUACUGGGCAAUCUUUAA